CCUAAUCUGUAACUGGAAGAAGUCCGGGUGUAUGUUGCAGAAGGACGAGUGAUCCGACCACCGGAACAAGCCCCAUCGGAAUGUCAUGGUAUCCUCAUCAGUCAGUACCAUCUUCUGGAAGUCUGUGCGCAUGGAGGGCAAGGACAAGAACGCCGAAGCUUACUUUCGUGUCUUGGAUGGGGUCAUGAGAGAGACCGGAGCGGAUGCAGUCGUCAUCGUCGUCAUGGACAACACAAGGGUAUGUGCCAAGGUUGGGAAGAUGGUGGAGGCCGCCUAUCCUAACAUCUUUCGCGUCGGAUGUAGUGCGCAUCUCGAGCUUGCGCUGCAGGACAUGUACAAGGACAUGCCUUGGAUGACGGAGGUGGUUGAUGCUGGGAACAUGGUCGGCAAGUUGUUCACGAAUGUGGACAAGGCGAGGGCUAUGUCCAACAACUACUCACGAAAGACAAAGUUGAAGCGCCCGACGACAACCAGAUUUGCCACCAACUUCGAGAUGCUUGGGGCUUUGAAGGACCUCAAGAACGCAUUGGAUCGAUGCGUCUGCGAUGCGGGAUGGGUGGACAAGAUGGUACUGGCGGACCAAUUGGUGGCAUUCCACGAGGUGACGACUAUCAUUCUGGACAAGGGCGAGUUCUGAACCAACCUCAAAAAAACGCUCAAUGUGAUGCAGCCUGUGGUGGAGGGGUGGUGGCUCCACACAACAGGCGCCCUCCCACCAGAACUUUAAGUUGCAGAAGACCCACUGGUCAACUGGAGACCAAAAGAAGAAGCCAUUUGGGCCUUAGGGGUGAGACUCGUUGCUCUGGGUCUGCCUAAGGACUAUGCAGAACACCUGGUACAAACAACAAUCCAAGCGAUAGCCAGGUGGAAGGGACUACACACUGCUUUUGUUGGUAGAGCUCUAGCAAUCAAUUACUCAAUCCUCU